AUGCAGGACUCUUCAGUGAAGCUACCGCGUAGCUUCGUGAUGGAAACAACAGAUCAAACCAAAAAAAACUAUUCGUCAACCUCGCCCUUCACUAUACCCCUUCACCAUCACACAGCGGUGGUGGCAGCGAGCAUCGUCGGGACUUGCACCAUAGCCUGCCCGGAUGGAUUACUGGAGUGUGGUGAUGUGGACCCAACCAUCGUGGGCGUGUACGAUACGGGCGGGGGCAGUCCUAACUUCACGCUUGUGGCUGUGCAUGACGACGCCCUCGGGAUCACCCUCACCAUCACCCCGGAGUCGUCUGGGGCUACGUUCCUCGUGGACUACGACUACGGAGCCCCCGUGUCGUACGUGAACCAGUCCAUCGCGGCCCUGAUUGCCACGGACCACGUCACGGACCCGUACUUGGUCCGGGACGUACGAGGUCUGAUGAGCAUGAUCGAAGGAACUCACUACUGGUCCAUCGACUUCGCUAACCUCACGAAGACGUCCACGCCGAUGAUCGAGGCCGUGGACUGCCCUGUGGUGUGGGAACCGGACGAGCUCUACUACUGCAACGUGUCCGUGACGAUGGCCGACGAGGACGACGUCUUCACGGCCACGUUCGACGACGACCUCUCCGCUGUCUCUAUAACCAAUCUAGGGACCAUCUUCUACCGCCUGGGCAACCCUCCCCCCCGCUUCCUCUCCUCCGCCGUGCUGCCCCCCGCUGACCUCGCCGGGGACGUGUGGCUGACCUAUCACUCGGUGGCGAAGGAGGGCGAGAUCCUGGCCUUCGACAUGUACGCGGCUGAAGCAGGAGCUUUCACCGUCAGCAUAAAACGACCGACGUGCGCGAGUGGCGUCUACUGCCCGCACGUCAGAGGCUGCAUGGCGGUGUGCCCUUAUGACGUCACCACGGACUCGCACACCUGCCCCGCCCCCCACGCCUUCUGCACCUUCGUCAGGAACUGCGGCGGGACGGCGACCUGUCUGGCGGCCGAGAGCACCCCCACAUGGGCGGACGUGGCAGGGACCGUGUUUGCGAGCAGUUUCGCCGCCGCGGGUUUCCUGAGACAUCUGCUGCCGGCGCCGGUCUUGCUGUUGCCCGGUGACGUCAUCAACAUCGUGGGACCAAUUGGGAUGAUGGAAAAAAUCGACCAAUACGGAGACGAGGUGAACGGCGCCUCCACCAACAGCCACCAUUACAUCGCAGCGAUAAUGAAGCAGCCGACGCCAGUGCAGGUGGCUCAUAUCUGCACGGCGGUCAGCGUGGAUGUAACGCUCACCGUGGUGGAUGAUGUGGCCAUAACGCUAGCCAACGUGACGUCAUGCGAGAGGAACAUCACCGACAUCGCCAUGGUCGUGUCGCAGAUCGAAACGGACGUCUAUAACGGCUCAGUCAACCAGAUAGGGCCCUACUAUGUGAGGUCCAACACCCUCGCCGUGUACACCAUCUCCUUCAGUGUGGCAGGACCUAUACAUGUGACCUUCACUUACGAGCCGGACUUCGGGGUGAAUGACACCUUUUCUGACCUUAAUGACUUCCCACUCGGCACUGUACCACACGAGCUCAACCACACUGUCAUCCACACCAUACCCGACAUGUAUAUAGUGACGGUUUCGGCGGAGAACAAACACAACAUCAUUCCUGGGCCAGUUACAAACUACAUCAUACUCUAUGUGCAGCAUGAGGUCGUUACAACAUGGACGGUUGUUCCCGAUGCUGCGACGCUGGCCUUCCUCGUCCCGUCAGAAAUUCCCACAUUCCGCUUCAUCGACACCGCCGCCGCCAACUUCCCCACCAACGCCUCCGUCAGGAUCGACUGGGGAGACGCCACGCCCUUGGAAACCCUGCUGUUCGAGGACCCGGGAGACCAGCAGCCCCUUCUCCAGCAUGUCUACGCCGCCGACGGGAUCUUCAACGUCACGGCCUACAUCUAUAACAUCGUGUCGGGCUUCGAGGUCUAUUGCACGGUUACGAUUAUUGAGGAGAUCAUAGACUUCGCGAUCAUCAACAAGUACUAUCCUACUCUGACGUCUCUGGAAGGAAGGCCGGGCUUUGGCAGGAUCAAGAACCAGUAUCCCAUGGACAAGAAUUUGACCUUUGCCCCCACGAUGACCCAGGGGACGGUGGAUUACUAUACGGUCGAAUUCACCCUUAAUGACUCAACGAUUUUCACCUUUAACGUCAUCGACCCGUUCCAACCUCUGGCGAACGAAUUCCAUUAUCACUUUGAUUUCGAGACUUUCCUGAAUCUUACGGUGUACGCGGUGAACAUGUUCCAAAGUGUUCCUGUGGAUCUUUUCGUGGAGAUCGUCGGCCAAGUUCGCGUGGGAAUCAUCGACGACUUUGCGAUUGUCACUGGAAAGAACGAAACCAAGACGUUCGAGGUAUCCUUCGAGAGCCUUGGAGGAGGAACUUGCCUGGUCAUCGACUUCGGAGACUCGAGUCCUCUGGUGUCCUACGGGGAAGAGCUCACCUGCAAGACCAACUUUUCCCACGCCUUCUACUACCCGGAACCUGUCCUGGAAGUUAUCAAUAAUUUCACCCAUGUCUAUGCCGCCGAGGGCGUCUACAACAUGAGCAUCUUCGCCUACAACCCCAUCAGCGUCACAACCGACACCCUCAUGUUCUGCGUGACGUCGAUCAGGUGCCGCCCUCCCAGAGCCGAGGUUGUGGGCGGCACGCUGGACUACCUCUCGGCGCCCAAACUCUACCGGGGGGAGAUCAAUUCCGUGGCGGCGUUGGGUCAGGUCGACUGCGAGGUCACCAGCAAGACCAAAAAACGCUGGCAGAUCUACCACGUGGACGCCAACACAGGAGCCACGAUGCAGCCGGUCAUCAUUAUGGACAUUAUCACCUCUUGGAAUAAGCCCGAGAUUUCGAUACCCAAAUUAUUCCUGACGUAUGGUUACUACCUGCUCACUUACUCGCUGACGAUGUGGGACCCGCCCGUGCUGGACCCCGCGUGGCCGUUCCAGAAGCAAGCCGACUCCUACAUCGAGAUCGUCAAGACGCCCAUCAUCGCCAUGAUGUUCGAGGCGGCACUGACGAGGGUGGUGCGCGGACUCAUCCAGACGGUGGAUCUCGAGCCCGGCGUCUACUCCGUCGACCCGGAUUUCCCCGACGAGAAGAACUUCACCAUCGUCUGGAAGUGCCGAGUGGUGGGCGAGGCGUGGCCUGUCGACGACACCAUUCCGAAGCCCAUCUGGACCAAGGGCGCGGGCGGCGGGUGCUUCGGGAACGGGCCAGGCUUGCUCGACCACACCGAACUGACUCUCAGUCUCCUCGGCUCCGACUUCAUGACCCACGGACAGACCUACGAGUUCGAGGCCAUCGUGCAGAAGGACACGAGGAGCACCGUGGCGCUCGGGCAGGUGGCGGUGGUGGACGGCGUGCCCCCCAUCAUGAAAGUGCAAUGCGUCGACCCAGCUCUCUGCAUUCCUAACGGGGACGGCGUGUACGUCAACCCUUCCUUCCGCAUUGGGCUGGUAUCAGAGUGCGUGGAUUAUUGUGACAGCGACAUCUCCUACCUGUGGGAGGCCGCGGAUGGCAAUGACGUGGCUUUCCCGUCCAUCCCGGCGCACUUUCCGCUGGGUGCCACAUCCAACGAGCUGGCCUUCAACACUCAGUUCUUCGACGACAACCCCGACCUCCAGGACUUAAGAAUCUCCUUAGACGCCACGGAUAAUGCACAGCCGUCCACAGGAGGAGGCGCCUACUUCAUGAAGGUGAACCAACGCCCCGUCGGAGGAACCUGCGAGCUCGCGAAGCCGCCGCUGGAAAGAGCUCUCAUCGACACCUACACUCUGUCCUGCGGGGGCUGGGUCGAUCCGGAGAACAAAGGCAUUAAGAGCUACAAUGUGUGGCUGGUGGACGACACGGGGAAGAGGAUCCCGCUGACGGAGGCGACGUGGAGCCCCGUCGUGCCCCAGGAGAUCCCGCUGAUUAUGCCCCCCGGGACCUUCACCGUCGAGGUCGAAGUCGUUGACAAGUGGGGCGCCUUCACCCUCGUUCGGCCCGAGAUCGACAUGACGGUCAACAUGCCGACGAAAGAGGAGCUCGAAUCCGUGGAUGUGGAUAAGCUGAUCGCUGACCUCUCCGGCGGGGGCAACACUGAUAUGCUGAUUAUGGCUUUGGCGGCACAGUCUGAAGUCCUGAAGCAGGCGGAAUGGCUGUCGCUCUCCGAGGAGAACUUGGCCACGAUGACCGACCAGGAGAAGGAGGAGCUGCUGAUCUACCUGGCCGAGAAGAACAACGCCGCCCUCGACGCCCUCAAGGAGAACGUCAACUUCAACAGCCUCACCAACAUCAACGCCGCCGCCUCCACGCUCUCGGGCAUCCUGCAGGGCGCGUCGAUCAACCAGGAGGCUGUCAAGACCAUCGAUCUCGACGCCAAGGAGAAGAUCGUCGGGUUGACGGAGGAUAUGAUGGAGGGGCUGGAGGACAUCGAAGUAGCCGUUCCCGAGCUGCUCAUUCCGCUCGCCAACUACAUGUCCAACAUCGUCGGCGGCCUCUCGCUGAGCGUUGGCGAGGCUGGGUCGGAGUGCGAGAAUGCUCCUCCGAAUGACGUCAAGAAGUCGGACAACUUGCCUUUUAACACCGAGGUCACAGGCAUCGACAUGGUCAUCCCGGAGGACCCUAUGAUGAUACGGAAGUGCAAUGUACGUGACGUAACCAAUGACCGAGCUCCGGAGAUGAUCAAGAGCAUCCUGCAGAGCAUGGACACCGUCACCGAGAAGAUUCUGCGGAAGAGCGUGUUGGGGGAAGUGAUCGAGCUGGAGACCGAGAUGGAAGUCUUCCUGAAGAUGGGGAUCGUGCGGACGCCCCUGAAGGAGAUCCCGCUCGGCAAGCAGGGAGGCGGUUUCUUCUUCCCGCCCAACUUCUGCCCGCAAGUCAACUGCUCCGACCCCAUCAGCUACAACGCCCGCCAGUGGCCCUUCACGACGCAUGCCUACCCCUCGGGGGCGAAGAACCUCGCUCCGGGCACCAAGAUCCUGGACGUGAAGUUAUACCGGCGGGACCUGUCCAAUAUCACGGUCGCCGGCUACACCAGAACGCAGAUCGAUGUGAGGAUUCCCAGGAUUGCCGGCAAGUUUGGCAACGACACUCUGCCAGAGUUCGAGCUCAUCAACGCCACCUAUGAGUCACGACAGCAACUAAUUCCUAUUAUGUAUUCGAACUUCAACAUCACCAAAAACGACUCUUCUGUCAACAUCGAGGUCGUCCUGCCCACCCCGAAUCCCCGGAUGUUCAUCAUGGUCUACCAGCCACGACUUCCGACGCUGACCAACUACAGUCGUUUCACUUUCAUUGAGGAUCUUCCCGUAGUCAACGGCAGUUACGACUGGUUCUUCACCUCGGCUGACCUCAACGGAACCGGCCGGUACUUCGUGGGCAUCGGGGAGUUCAAACCUGACUUCGACCUGAGCAAAAUGAAUGACCCGGUGAAGAACAAAGUGAGCGUGAAGGACCUGGUCAACGUGUCCAUGAACUACUACCUCCGGGUCUUCACUUCGGGCUGUUACUUCUUCGACGACCAUCAAGAGGACUGGAGAGGAAGAGGGAUGUCGGUAACGUUAUCCGACCACAAAAUGACAACAUGCAACUCGACUCAUCUCACGAGCUUUGGAGCUGGGUUGUUCGUGAUGCCAAACACCAUCGACUUCAACUAUGUCUUCGUCAACAUGGGCUUCAACGACAACCUGACGAUAUAUCUCACGCUCAUCAUCAGUUUCCUCAUAUUUGUGCUGCUAAUGAUCUUCGCGAGGUACAAGGACAAACAAGAUGUUACGAAGCUCGGCGCAACGCCCUUACCAGACAACAACGUGGAGGACAAAUACCUGUACGAAAUGCUGGUGUUCACGGGCAACAAGAAGAGCGCCCAGACGGAAUCUGUGGUUCAGUUCAUCGUCUCGGGAGAGGAGGACGAGACGGAUGUCAGGACGCUCGGAGAUGACAAGAGGAAGAUUCUGAGAAAGGAUGGCGUCGACGUGUUUGUGAUGGCGGUUCCGAGGCCUCUCGGAAACCUGGAAUACAUGAGGAUCUGGCACGACAACAGCGGCAAGGGACCCAACGCCUCCUGGUACAUGAGCUAUAUCGUGUUCAGGGACGUCCAGACGGGCAAGAAGUACGAGUUUGUGGGCAACAGGUGGUUCGCGGUUGAGCAUGACGAUGGACAGAUCGACCGCCUCAUCGCCGUGGCCGGGAAAGAACAAAUCACAGAGUUCAAGCAUUUGUUCAACACAACGAAGAACAAGAACAUUGCCGACGGACACCUGUGGUUCUCCGUGUUCCUCAGGCCUCCAAGGUCACGCUUCACGAGGUGUCAGCGCGUGGGUUCCUGCUUCGCCUUGUUGUUCUUGUCCAUGCUUGCCAACGCCAUGUGGUACGAUGUGGUUCCAGAACAAACCGGAACGGGGGGUCUGCAGCUCGGGCCGUUCAGUCUUAGCCCUGAACAGAUCGGCGUGGGCAUCAUGGCGAACCUGGUGGUGUUUCCUCCGUCCAUCCUGAUCGUGUUCAUCUUCAGGAGGUCGCCGCCCAAGAAACUGCGAAAGAACAGGAUCAACGAAGCCGUCAAGAAGUCCAAGGAGAGUCCGCAGCCCGACCGGCCGGACAGCGCCCGCAGCAACGUGUCUCUGGUGGAGGCGGAGCAGGAGGUGUUGCGUCUAAAUAAGAAGCGGAAGAAGUUCGUGCUCCCUUGGUGGUGCGUCUACAUCGGCUGGCUCCUCGUGGCCGCCUGCAUCGCCGCCUCCUGCUUCUUCCUGCUCAUGUACGGCAUCAUGUUCGGCAACUCCAAGGCGACCAAGUGGGUCACGUCGCUCGUCAUUUCGUUCUUCUCGUCCGUUCUUCUCGUCCAGCCGCUGAAGAUCUUCCUGAUCGCCAUGUUGAUCAGCGUGAUCUGCAAGUCACGUGACCUCGACGAGGAGGAUUCCGAGGAGGACGAGGAAGACCCGGAGAUCUGCUCGGAUGAGGAGUGGCUGCACAGAGCUCCAACUCGCAAAAAGAGACUGAAACAAAAGAAGGUCGACCGCGAGACGCUGGACAGACUGAAAAAAGCGCGGGAAAAGGAGAUGGAGAUGUGGGAUAUCAUCAAAGAAAUUAUAUCUUAUUCCAUCUUCCUGUGGAUCUUCCUCACACUCUCCUACGGCAACAGAGAUCCGAACGCUUUCUACAUGCAGAAGACCUUGAGAGAAGCGUUUAUCCACGAAGGAGCGCUGGACGGAACGGACUACUCAAGGGUCUCCAACGCCAACAUGUUCUGGUUCUACCUCAACCACGGGCUCAUGACAGACCUCCGCGCCGACACUCUCUACAACGGCAAACCUCCGUACAGCCUCCGAGGUUUUCUGAAUGACUGGUGUAACAGGAUCAUGGGUUACGCCAUCAUCAGGCAGAUACGGGCGAGAAAGAAUAAUUGCAGAGUGCCGUCGGCCAUGAGGACCGUCACCACCAACUGCAGCAGCUUCUCGAGUCUCGUGAACGAGGACAACGAGGACUAUUGCGUGGGCUGGAACCUGCCGACGGAGAGGACCAAGAACUCCAAGGCCUGUCGUAAGGGAGAGUUCAGGUACAGCUCGGCGUGGGACCUGCAGAGCCUACCUGUGUGGGGCAACCGGGACUGGUACAGCGGCGGGGGCUACGUCAUCCACCUGAGAGGACCCACCGACGAGGUCCUGCAGAAUUUUGAGUACCUCGAAGCCAAUAACUGGAUCGACGGGAGCACGAGGGCGGUUCUCAUCGAGUUCUCGUCGUAUAACUCUCAGGUGAACCUCUUCGGGACUUCGAUCAUCAUGGCGGAAUUCACACCGGGAGGAGGGAUCACGCCGCAUUUCAGAUUCGAAGGCAUCCGCUUGAUCCAACACCACGACAACUUCGGCUUCUUCAUCUACGCCUGCGAGGCCGCCUUCAUCCUCUUCGUCCUGUACUUCACGGGGCGGGAAGCGCGUCUUAUAUACCGCAUGAGGGUGGACUACUUCAAGAACUACUGGUCGUAUGCCGAGAUCGCCAUCAUCAUCGCCUGCUAUUGGGCCAUUGCGGUUUAUGGAUUGAGGUACUACGCCACCUACCAAGUGCUCGAGACGUUCCACAAGACGUACGGAAACGGGUACGUCCGCCUCCAGUAUGCCGCCUCGUUGGACGAACUCUACGGAUACAUCGUCGGAUUCGUGGUGUUCGUGGGGACGCUCAAGUUCAUUAAAUUGCUGAGGUUUAACAAGAGGAUGGGUGUUCUGUCCGCCACUCUGAAGCAGUGUUGGGACGAUCUCAGCGGUUUCCUCAUGGCCUUCUUCCUCUGCUUCUUCUCCUUCGUGGCGAUGUUCUUCCUGCUUCUCAACAAGUACAUGGAAGGUUUCUACAACUUCGUUACGGCGGUGGAAACGUGCUUCAGUAUGAUGCUCGGCAAAUUCCAGUUCGAGGAGAUGAAGAAGGCGUCGGACAUUGUGCCCAUCAUGUUCUUCGUGUUCGUGCUGUGCAACUCGUGGGUUCUGGUCAACCUGCUCCUUACUCUCAUCAUCAAGGCUUUCCAACAGGUGAAGUACGACAUGAUGAAGCAGCCGAACGAGUACGAGAUGGUGGCGUUCGUGUGGGGUCGCUUCAGCACGUACCUCGGCCUCGGGCUCCCAGCGCAGGUGUCCCCGGCCCUCGAGACCACGACCUCCUCCUCCGGCCAAUCCCCCAACGACCCCCACGGCGGCGGAGAGGGCGCUGACGAGGGAGCAGGGAACGACAAAGUCAGAGAACUUCCCAAUAAAGUGGACAAGUUCCUCGACUACCUGAACGACGUCUACUUCGCCGGGAGCCUCGACGUCACCAACAAGGACGCUCUCAAGUCAUCCUUCUACCGCGGCAAGAACAGCUACCCCAACGGGAGGGGUAACUCCGCCACUCCCAACAGCGCAAAGCCACGUAGCGGAGCCCGGUUUGGUAGCGGAGUGGGAGAAAGAACAGAAGGAGGAGGAGGAGGAGGAGGAGGAGAAGAUCUUGGUGACCUGUACAGCGGUCCAAGAGCCACUAAUCAGGUCCAGGCUGCAUUAGAUAAUGUGUAAGGAGAAACCCUCGUCUACACAGAAACCGUUUGUAGGAAUCAGUAUGCUUAUGAUGAAAAGGAAAAGUUAUUUGCUAGACUCUGUUAUGAAGACAUUCAGCUAUUCUUGACAUGGUGACAGAAAUGCAAGCAUACACACAUUCACGCCUGUAAGUGGGUGAGGGUACCCACUUACUCACAGGUACACACACACACACAUUCACACUCCUAAUAAUUUCUGACGUGCUCCCUUUAAAUGGAGGUUCAGCAGUACAAGUCCUAUUUACUUAGUAUCUUAAUUUAAACAUUUUCCCUUCCCUUUAAUCAUUAUUAUAUCCCUUUUACAUUAUUAGAGGAUAAUUUAACAAUACAUUUUUUAUGCACAUACUUACCAGCAAAGAAAAGUCAUUUAAAUCAGUCCCUUAUGAAGCAAAUUGAUAAACAAUGUAAUAAGUAAACAAUCAUAAAGCUGUAAAUGUGAUAUGUUGAGCAAAAAAGUAAGAAGUAUUUUAUAUGAAAAAAGGUAAAAUUACAUAUAUAUAUAUGAAGGCUCAACUACAUUAUACACCCUGUGAUAUUUAGUGCCCUGCAUGAAGUGCCUUGUCUAGGUCUAAGUCUGACAAACAAUAAAAUACUGUAUCUAUAUACCAAAGAUAAUAUAUAAUAAUAGAAUAGUAUAUACUCAAUAUAUAUAUAUACAUACAUACAUAUCUAUAUGUUUGUUUCCUGAGCAAUGUUAGUUUUUCAUCAAAUUACACCAAUAAUCAUAAGUGUGAUAGACAGUGUACUUGGGUUAUAAAAUGUAUUUCUAAGUUAGGCAUUUUUUGAAGCAUUGAAAUAAAGCAGAAUCCAUGA